AUGAAAUGUAUUUGUAUUUUAAUUUUUGUAAUUUUCAAUUCGAUAUUAUGGAGUUUAAUUAAUUCUGUUAAAAAUAAUAAAACACAAAAUGAGUUAAAUGAAGGGAUUGACCAUGCAACGGUUAAUCCUCAAAUUCAGUAUAAUGCAACAGUAAACCCAACACGUAAAAUUACAAAAAAGCACAAAACAGGAAUUAAUGAAGAAGAAAAAAAGUUAAAGAGAAGUGAAUAUUGGAGGGAUUACUACCAGAAACACAAAAAUAAAAAGCAAAAGCAAGAACAAAAUCGAAUUUAUUAUCAAAAAAAUAAAGAAAAAAUAAAAGAAGAGAGGAGUUCUGCAAAAUUUUUAGAAAAUAGAAAAAAAUACGAUCAAAAAUACUAUGAUAUUAAUAAAGAAAAGAGGAAAGAGGGUAUGAGAAAAUACCGGCAAAGAAAGAAAAAUGAAAGAGAAAUUAUUAAAAAUGAGAGUUUAAACUUAAAAAACGUUCAAUCUGAUAUUGAUGAAGGAACAUCAUUUGUUAAUCCACCGAACAAUGAUUUUGGAAAUAAAGGGAAAUUGCCAGUUGUAUGUGAAGAAAACUUUCAGAUAGAAGAAGAAAAUCAUUUUCUUCAAGAGGAGGAUGAAGGCGAAUUAGGAACUCAGGUGGAAGAACAAAAUCAAAUUGUGGCGGAAAAUCCAAAUAAAAUGACAGAAAAUAAAAUAAAUUUGAAUGAUAAAUUUUAUCCUUUUGAUCUGAACGAGAAACCUGAGGAUGAAUGA